GCAAACCAUUUUCAGAUUCGAGAAACCGGCGUUUCAUCAUAUAGCGUAAAGUAUACCUCCAUUAUUUGUAGUUUGUACACAAUGGAAGCGACACCAGAAAAAAUAGAUAUUACACCGUCCAAAGAUGGCGGUGUGUUAAAAGAAAUUCUGCGAGAAGGAACUGGGGAAGACAAACCGUUGGCUGGUGAUAAAGUGUUUGUGCAUUAUGUUGGAACGCUUGAAGAUGGCACAGAAUUCGACUCUAGCAGAAGACGCGGGGAUAAAUUUGAUUUCGACCUGGGAAAAGGGAGUGUCAUCAAAUCAUGGGAUUUGGGUGUUGCCACUAUGAAAAAGGGAGAAAUCUGUCGACUUACGUGUCGCAGUGAUUAUGCGUAUGGUGAGAAUGGAUCCCCACCUAAAAUACCUGCUAACGCUACUCUGAUAUUUGAAGUGGAACUCUUUGAAUGGAAAGGAGAAGAUAUUUCGGAAAAGAAAGAUGGCUCUGUGAUCCGACACAUUGUACAGACUGGGGAAGGCUACCAGACACCAAAUGAUGGCGCCACAGUCAAAGUACACUAUGUGGGCCGCUGUGGUAUGACAGUGUUCGAUGACCAACAGGUGGAGUUUGUCCUUGGGGAGGGAGAGGAGUCUGGAGUCAUUGACGGCCUUGAGGUUGCAAUUAAAAAGAUGAAAACGAAAGAAAAAUGUCGGUUAGAAAUUCUGCCGUCAAUGGCUUAUGGAAAAGCAGGAAACUCCAAAUUCAACAUUCCGCCCAACACCCCUCUACAGUUUGAUGUGGAAAUGCUGUCAUUUGAAAAGGCAAAAGAGUCCUGGGAGAUGGAUGCAAGUGAAAAGCUGGAACAGGCUGAGAUAAAGAAGGCCAAGGGAACAUCCUACUUCAAGGUUGAGAAGUACAAGUUAGCUGCCAAGUUCUACAGUGCAGUUGUGUCUUUGCUGGAGAAUGCCACUGGGAUGGAUGCUGAAGAGGAUUCAACACGCAAGUCUUCACUUUUACUGGCAGCCUACCUGAACCUGGCAAUGUGCUAUCUGAAGCUUGGGAAUGACCAUGAAGCACAUGGCCAGUGUGACAAGGCCCUAGAACAGGAUAGCAAAAACGUGAAGGCACUUUUCAGACGUGGACAGGCUCUACAAAACAAAGGAGAUUAUGAUUUGGCAAAGAAAGACUUUGAGCAAGUGGUUGAGCUUGAUCCCCAGAACAAAGCAGCAAAGAACCAAAUUACUCGCUGUAUACAAAAGAUAAAACAGUUUAAAGACAAAGAGAAAAAAAUAUAUGCUGGAAUGUUCCAGAAAUUUGCAGAGGCUGACAGCAAAAAGGGGGUUAAUAAAGCAGAUAAAGAAGAUCCUAAAGAGGAAUCGUCAGAGAACAUUGAACCAGGAGAAGAUGGCCAGGCAGUAGAAGCAAGCUGAGAUUUAUGCAAAUGUCUGGGUGAUCUCGGUGGCAAUCAGUCUCUAUUACCACAAUCAGAACAAGUUCUCAAAUAAUAUGCCAUGUCAUAAGAAUCACCAUUUCAUUAAUAUAAACUUUCAAUUGGUCUCUCUGUGUAGAUACUGCACAAUAUUUGAGUAUACUGUUUGAAACAUUAACUUGCAUGUGGAAAUAUUAUAUAGGCUUAUUGUCAGCCUUGAUAAUUGUGAAAUGAAUGACUUCAUGGGUAGAAACACAAACACACUGACAGAUACUAUGAACAAAAAUAUUCUUAAGUGUAUUUUUGGCAAGUGUAAAAUGUAUGUAAAUACUAUGAAAGAAUGUUGCAGAUGUUAAAUGAUAAGUGCUCUUGGGACCCGUAUACUGGCAGUCCUGUCAAACCUAUGGAAAAUAAAGAUUACUUCCAAGAGGUGCUGUGAUAGAUAAUUUGUGUGUCUGUUUGUCCGCUGUCUGUCAUAAUUUUGUCCAGAGCAUAUCAUUAAAACUAUAUGUGGUAUCAACAUUAAACUUGAUAGGUAGAUCUCAAUAAGGAGAAGUACAGUGUACAAGAACCAUAACUCUCUCUUGCAUAAUUCAAAGCCUUCAACUUUAUUACAGAAUUAUUGCCCUGUGAUUAAAUUUUGUGUCCAAUAAGGUUGUUUCGGGGAAGCAUUCAUCAGUUGCACUGAAACUCUUGUUAAAACUGUUUCCAUCUGAUAAUACACACCAGCAGAGUUUGCGAUAUCCUAUUUUUUUUUCCUAUUGCUCUUGUGCAUCGUCGAUCGUUGUGCCCCGUUAGCUGUCCAAAAACUUUUCCUUUAAAACACUACUCCUACUUAACGCUGGGUAGAUUUCAACAAAUUUUGGUCCGAAACAUCAUUGAGGGGAGGGAAUCAUUUUCUUAAAUUCAGAAAUUUGAUUCAACCCCUAGGGACUUGGGGGCAAGGCUCCAAAAGGGGAAAUUAGACAAUAUUUUACUUCAACAUUAUCAGGGAGUGGCAAUGGUAUCAAACAUUCAUGAAGUGAUCCUGAGAUUGUCCUGACCAAAUCUUAUUUUACACUUUGGUGUGAAAUCCAACAUGAACAAGUAGUCUAAACUUCUCAUGUUUCAAUCACAUCAAUGAGAAAAAUAUUUGGAUUUUUUUUUCUGAAGAAAAAACACAGUAGUUAUUCUGUAACAUUAUUGUGCAACUGUUUUUCAUGCACAGCACCUACCAUUUUUGAGUUUCUGAUACUUUCAAGGAAUGUUCAACAUUCAUCAGAUUUGUCAGACCACCAUCAGUGAAUUCUGUUGUUUGUCCAUCCAUGUGUCGAUUGUCAGAUGACCAUUAAGGGCCAUGGCCCGCUCUUUUUUUAUUUUGUAAAAUAUUUCACCAAUAGAAUUGGAUGGACGUUCUAGUGGAAGAUUUCUAUGUACUGAGGAUUGACAGACUUGUGAGAUUUCUGACCAAAACACACUUUUUAUGUAGGAUUCAGCAAGUAUUUUCAGGUAAAAUUGAAAACCUAACACUUCUUUGUUGUUGAUUAUAUUUUAUGAUCAAGCGAUUCCAUUAGGAAUACAGAAGUCAAGCUAAAUAGUUACUUCAAACAUACUUGAUUUAGCAAAACAAAAUUUUAGCUUACUAUCACUUGGCAAAUAUGAGCAAGGAUAAAUUUAUACAUCAAUAAAGAUUACUAUAGAAGCAAAAUGUUAUCAUUCUUAUCUACCAGAGUUACAUGAAUAUUUACAUACUUUCACUGCUAAAAGUACUGCUAUAAGAUUACUGUAAAAAUAGUUACAGUACUUGGUCUUCAACUUUUACCCAAAAAUGGCGAAAGCAUUUUAAGUCUUCUAGAAAUCUUACUAGUCCAAAAUAUCUGUUUUGUAUAGGCUACGUCUAUUGAAGAGAUUAUCAUUCAAGGACUAGACCACAGUUGUUGUAAAUCUACAAUUGGGCAUAUUAAAAAUAAUGAUUUGC